AUGAUAAUAUAUGCUGGAGACAAAUAUGCAUGUGUAUCGUGCAUCCGGGGUCACCGGUCGUCGACAUGUAAACACAGCGAUCGCAUGCUGGUCAAGGUCAGAACCAGAGGUAGACCAUCUGCGCAGACGGUGCGUAAAGUGAUCUUGGUCGAUGCAGAUUCGCAAGUUAAGCCCAAAGAACACUCGCCAACACCAAUGACAGGCUGCUGCCCGAAUUCAGAAGUGUCGAUGGAUAACCAGCCGAUUCUUUUCAUGAGGGCUGCAAGCACCAAAAAGGCGUUAUUGGUGGGUGGUGCCUUGCGAAUAAUGACUGAGGAUGAAUCGUUGCAAAACGACAAGAAAUACUCCUAUGUGAGCGAAAGUGAGUAUCUACGCAAGUAUGCGCCUCGAGCUAGUCCUACUACCGGUCUUCCGACGAAUGGUGAGUCCUACAACUACUUAGAAAGAGGUAGCGAUAUCCAUGCACAGGUACCUUCACAGUUGUCCUCGCAAGUCCCGGAGCCCCAAUUUAGGACAAAAUCCUGUUGUUCUCAAAAAUUUAAUCUCGUUGAGGCUCCGAGAUCGCUUUCCAACGCAACUGCCGAACUCGCUUCAGAACAUUUCAAAGAGCCUGUCAAUGAUGAAAAUUCUACUGUUCAACUAUUUACUCACAAGGGACUCUUUCUGAGCACCCAAUGCGGUUGCAAAGACGAUAGCUGUUUCUGUGACAAUUGUCUUUUGCAUCGGAAAGAAGAAGAAAUCGAAUCCUACAUUUCUCAGAGCGGUGUACCGCUGUCGACUCUCGGCAACGGGAAGGUGACAUACCCGGAGGAGAGCGUUUCGGACAUUACUUUUGAUUGCAAGGAUAACUCAGAGAGCUGUUCAACCGAUCUCUGCCUAAUUCAUCCUCAAGAAGUUGUGCCCAUGAAUCGGUUGCUUCUGUAUGGCCUAUUCAACACCAUUUUAAAACCCAAAACUCUCAUAAACUAUCGCCAAAAACUCAUACCCUCUAAAUAUUGGUGGAGUUUAUUAAAGGAAGAAGUCCCAGCGAUGUCCGCUGCCGAGCUUAGUGGGCUUGAUAUUCUGGGUUCUUUUGACGACAUUCUACAGACUUAUGGCAAAUGGCUCCCGAGUGAGUAUGAUUUUAAAAACAGUUUUCUGAAUGGUGUCGAAUCAAUGAUAAAUGGUCCUUUCACCAGAGAUGGGAUAUGA